UAUAUCUUUUGCAUGAGUUUCCAUUUGGGUAAUGGAAAAUAUUGUUCUGUGCUAUGCAUGUUCUGCUUUUGCUUUGCACUUAUUUAUUUGCUUGAAGAUCGUGCGAUUGUAAACACUGUCAUUCAGUGCAUUUUGUCAUCUCGAUCCCUACUUUUGACCAAGAAUUGUCUAGGGUUGCAAACAAUUGGCUUGUGUGAGGCAUGUCAUCGUGAUCACGAGACAAUCAUUGAGCACAUACAUGUAUUGUAGAUUGAUCAACUCACAUGAGGCGCAUGCUGUGGCGUACAUUGAUGAGGCCACUUCUCGAUCUCAGGAUAAUCCUUGGAAUACCACGCUAUUGAGAGGAAAACAGAAUCAAACUUGCUAAUUAACGAACGUAUAGGAAUUCAUUUUACAAAUGCUCGAAGACAUUUGACUAAGUGUUGCAGCAGCUCUGGCUAGGCUAAUACCGCGUAUGUAGGUAGUCUGACAACUCGUGUAUUUCCUAGAUUACUAAUUCGAAAUGGCACUCUCUUACUAUUUCAGCUGGAACCUCAAAAUUCAACUUGUUGGAAUUACUUUCCAGAUGGAGGUUGUUCAGACACAAGCAAGAUGAGCAAUGGCUGAGCGCGUUGCUAGGCACUCUUGGCCACAUCCCUACCGCUUAUAUAAGCAAAUACCCAAGCUAGCUGCUAGCAUGAGCAUACUCCAGUCGCAGAAAGUUACAUUCUCCUCAACGGCUAAAUCAACACCCACACAGACCGAUCCAUCUUCGCGCGUGUAUUCAGCUGAAUAAUUAGCUCAUUACGAUACAUCAGCUUCCUCCCAGAAUCAACCACGCGAACAGUGGCCCUUCUCAACGCAUCCCAGUUCCUGCGCCAUGGCCGAAGUCGAAGCUGAUCAGCUUGCGCGUAGCUCAGCGAAACGAACGCGUGAAAUAUUUGCCUCCGACACUCUCAACUAUCCCGACGUAAAUCUCGAGGGCGCCAGAAUAGCGGCGCGCAUACACCAGGAAUAUAGCCAUGUACAGGAACUUCCUCCAGCACUUGCAGCCAAAAUGGCAGUUGCUGCUUCUACAGCUGCGGAAAAGAGACGGAAGAUAAAAAACGCAAAUGCUAGGGAGCAAGCUUCAGAUCCUAAGAUGCGAAAAAUGAUUGAUUCUUCUUCAGAGAAGGCGGAAAAGGCAAAAGAGGGACAAUCGAUGGCUUUGACCGUGAGAUCUGGGAAGGGCGCCGCACCCAACGCCAAUGGCCCGACACCAGUCCGUGAUACACACUCGAGCGCACUCGUGAGGAAGGACACAGUCAGGCAGACAAAACCCGAAUGGCACGCGCCAUGGAAAGUAUCGCGGGUUAUAAGCGGACAUAUGGGAUGGGUCCGUUCGUUGGCAGUGGAACCUGACAAUCAAUGGUUUGCCAGUGGUGCUGCUGAUCGCACAAUCAAGAUCUGGGACUUGGCCAGUGGGCAAUUGAAACUGACGUUAACCGGCCACAUCAGCGCCGUUCGUGGGCUUGCUGUCUCCCCUAGACACCCCUAUCUAUUUUCAUGCGGUGAAGACAAAAUGGUCAAAUGUUGGGAUUUGGAGACCAAUAAAGUUAUACGGCAUUACCACGGCCAUCUAUCGGGUGUCUAUUCUCUAAGUCUCCACCCCACCCUCGACGUCCUGGUGACCGGUGGACGAGACGGUGUGGCGCGAGUGUGGGAUAUGCGGACACGUACCAAUGUACACGUCAUGGGAGGUCACAAAGGCACAAUUGCCGACCUGAAGUGUCAAGAGGCUGAUCCUCAAGUCAUUACCGGCUCCAUGGAUUCUACCAUACGCCUCUGGGAUUUGGCGGCUAACAAGACGAUGGCUGUCCUCACACACCACAAGAAGGCGGUCCGAGCACUCUCCAUUCAUCCAACUGAAUUCACAUUUGCGUCUGGUUCGGCAUCUUCCAUUAAACAGUGGAAAUGCCCCGAGGGCGCUUUCAUGCAGAAUUUCGGAGGCCACAACUCAAUCAUAAACACACUCUCUGUCAACGAAGACAACGUCAUGUUUUCUGGUGGUGAUGACGGAAGCGUUUCUUUCUGGGAUUGGAAGACAGGUCAUCGGUUCCAGAACACUGAAUCCAUCGCUCAGCCAGGCUCACUUGAUGCCGAGGCUGGUGUCAUGUGUUCAACGUUCGACAAGAGCGGCUUGCGACUCAUUACUGGCGAAAGCGAUAAGAGCAUCAAAAUCUGGAAGCAGGACGAUUCGGCUACAGAAGAUUCGCAUCCUCUUGACUGGAAGCCCACGUUGGGUCGCCAAAAGUUCUAA